AUGCCCAUAUUAGCCGACUUUCCUAAAUUAAUGGGCAGCUAUGCCGUAGCCUGCCAUGAUAUAAAUUAUACGCUUGCAGUCGAUGGAUUCGACUCUAAUAGCAUGUCGUCUGACGAUUCUAAUGCAACAAAAUUGGACGGCAAAGAAUUCACGCAUCCAAAGGUGGACUCUGUCUAUGUCCGAAUAUUUUACCCAACAACAGUUUCCAAAAAGUCCACUUAUUUUUCAAAAGCAAACUGGUUGACCAGUGACCAUUACGGUAUAGCCUUGUGUGAUCUUGUUGGUAUUCCUGGUUUUAUUGCCAAAGCUCUGGCAACUCGCGCUGCUCAAAAACGCACUCACUUCUAUAUGGAUGCACCUUUAAGUGAUGAAGAAGCUUCCUAUCCGAUUGUCAUUUUCAGUCAUGGUUUGGCCGGCAAUCGUUUGAUAUAUUCCAAUCUAUGUUCUCAGCUGGCUAGUCAUGGGUUGAUAGUAUUUGCUAUCGAACACAGGGACGGAUCUGGAAGCCUUGCUUUAGGUGCCGAUGGAAAGUGGAUACCCUUUGAAAAGACACAUCGAGAAAAUUGGGAUUUGUUUCAAGACCAAAUUACAUUUCGAGCUGCCGAGGUACAAAUUUGUCUGGAGCUUGUGCGAGAAAUAAAUACAGGAAAACAACCAUGUCUAAAGGGCGACCCUGUACUUUACGAUUUUUGUGGUCGGUUGGAUCAGCAAAAUAUGACCAUGGCCGGCCACAGCUUUGGUGGAGCAACCACAGCACUGCUUCUUCGAAGUCCACUUAAUCCGUUUAGAUGCGGUAUACUCUUCGACCCUUGGGUACAACCCAUCAUGAAUAAGCAUGGAUGUCACCAGCCGUUAACCCGGCCAAUAUUAGGUAUCGCAAGUGAUCAAUUUGUGAAUUGGACCCAAAACUUUGACUUGGUUCAGCAGCUGUUCAGUGACGUGAUGCCAGGAGUGACAACCACCUUGACAUCAGUUAUAGGAAGUGAUCACCAAGCACAGUCCGAUAUUCCAUUGAUUUUGCGCCAUUUAAUGCGCUUUGACAUUCGACUCUUCUUUCAAACCUGCCCAACUCAAACCCUGCGUAUAAAUUGUCUGGCGAGCAUCGAGUUUUUGCGUAUUCAUUUACAUAGAUCAAACCCCACGGCCAGGAUAGCUAUUCCACAAUGGACUUCUUGCAAGUCAAAUAAGAAAUUGAUCGUUCACCAAGAAAUUUGCGGGAAACCAGAGUUAUCAGCAGCAUAA